AUGAAGCGCAAGCAUGGGGCCGGAGAGGGAGGCCAGGAGGGUGCAGGGGACGAGGGCCGGCCGCGGCACAGCCGCCUGGAUGCAGAGACCAUCAGCUACUACGAAGAGAUAGCUGGGCACUUCAACCUGGCGCAACACCCGUGCGCCAACUUUGCGGUGCAGGCGGCGGUCGCCGCGCUGCGCAAGCCGCAGCAGCUGAAGCGUAUGUUUGAGGACCUUCGCCCCAGCUUCCCGCAGCUGCUGCGUAGCCGCCGCGGCGGCGUGCUCGCCGCGCUGCUCGCGGCCGCCGGGCGGCUGGGCACGCAGGAGGCGGAGGCUGCGGCGGCGCUGUGGGCGGCGGCGGGCGGCGGUACUGCCGGUACCGGGAGUGGUACCAGCGGCGGCGCCCCGCUGGCGGCCCUGCUCACGCUUGACACGCACACGCAGCUGGGCGGCAGCGGCGGCGGCAGGCUCAGCAGCCUGGGCUGCGCCAUGGCCGCCGCUGUGCUGCGCCUGCCCCCCGCCGCCUGCCGGCAGUGGGGCGAGGCGGUGGCGGCGCUGGCGCCGGCCCAGCUGCAGCAGGUGGCUCGGGACCCGGGCGGCUGCCGCGUGCUGGAGGCCUAUUUUGAGAUCAGCAAGGGCGCCAAGAAGAAGAAGAAGACAAAGAAGAAGGAAAGGAUGGAGGCGGCGGGCGACGAGCAGCAGGAGGGCGGCGGCGGCGAGAAGAGCGCGGAUCAGCGGGAGCAGCAGGGCGGUUGCGGCACUGCACAGAAGCCAGCAGACGCGGCGGUGGCUGGACCCCACAAGAAGAAGCGGCGGCAGAAGCAGAAGGCAUGA